AUGCGCGGCAAGAACCGAGUCAAGUCUCGCAGAAAACAGCAUGCGGACAAACCAAAGGCGGAGCCGUCGGUAGUUAAUCAUCCUAUCUGGGAUUCAAGCAUUCCUAGACUGUUGUGUUCGAAAUUCGCCGCUAUUCGGUUUGCCGAUGCCGUGGAGCCGGCCCUUAUUGCAGACGCGGUGCUAUUUUCAUCCAUGUUUUCCAAGGCGAUGUUUCUGGUAGAUCAGUGCAUCAUCUCCAAAACAUCUGGGACGGCACAAACUUGGUUUCCACCCAUGCUCUUCGAUGCAGCCUAUCUGCAUGCUGUUUGCUUUACCAUACAGGCCUACUUUGACGGGUGUUUUACGCGGACUCGAAGUGUCGAAGAGCAGCGAAGGGACUAUGUUCAUUAUGCAAAGGCCGUGAGGAUCCUCCAGGAGCGACUUGAGGCUGGUGAUGACCGUGAGAGGCUGUCGGACUCGACUAUCAUGACGGUAUUGGCUUUAUCGGGUCACGCAUAUACGACAGGGGAUUAUGAAUCGGCAGAUAAUCAUAGCAGAGGGCUAUUGAAGCUCGUUGGUAUGAGAGGUGUAGGUGCAUUUUUGCAGAACACAAAACUAUUAAUUGAAAUCAUACGUUGCGAUUUGGGCAUGGCAGUCGACGGAGGCUCAAAACCAGUGUUGUUUACCCACGACAGUGUUCCAUGGCCAUUAAUGCUGGAUUCAGCUUCUCCCAGAACUUUUCUGAAUAAGCUUGAUCCCGAAUUAGCUGCUACAUGGACAGCAAUGUCAUGUUUCUGCUCUCUCCUUAACGAAGCUGCAGAUAACGAAGAGAAAAAGAUAACAGAAGAAAUAUUUUUGCACAGCAUGGGCUCCGUAAUGUAUCGUCUCCUCCACCAACGUUUUCAAAAGGGCAGCUAUGACGAAACGGUGCGUUUGGGCUUGUUGGCUUUUGCGUCGCCGAUAUUUCUCCAUUGGAAUAGAGAAGAGUUUCCUAGCCAUCAGUUUACUUGUUCGUACCGAGAAGCUCUGGCUAUGUUUUACUCUACGGGACCUGAUAUUGAAAGGCAUGAACAUGUUUGGCUUUUAAUGGUUGGCGCUUUGUGCAUGGCCCAUGAGCAGCAGCCAGAUGACAUUGCAUGGCUUGGCCCAUGGCUACGCACGAGUGCUGAGCUGAAUGGGGUGUCUAGUUGGGAUGAUAUGCGGGAUUUGCUUGGGUCACUUUUGUGGGUUGGGGUGGUAUAUGACAAGACGGGUAAAGAGGUGUUUGAUUUGGUCUGCCAACAUAAUCAUCAAUGUAGGGAAAAGAAAUAA